AUGGGAUGCAUACCUUCGAAAGCAGAAGCAGUUACUCGAUCAUUAAGCUUCCAAGAAGAGUUGAAUCGUGGCUUCCAAAGAACAUCCAAAGCCAUUCCUAUGUGGGAAGAAUUGUUAACUUCCAACAAUGCCAGUGAACAGUUUCUUGCCUUUCUUUAUUCUGCUCAGACUGCCAAUGAACUUACAGACAGAGAUCCCAGCAUAGCUGUUGUGACUGCUGAGAUUGCCAAAGGAAAAGAAGACGGAGAAAGCUCCUUACAGCCCCGCGAUGCGGUAGGAACUAAAGAUUUUGGGAGAUUGUCAAGGUCGAAAAGCUGUCAGAUAAUACCGGAUAAGGAAUUUCCCAUACAAGAUCCUCAGAUUGAGGGGCUUAGUGAAAAUAAAUUUGAUUGGAGAGAUAAGAAUACCAGAGGCUCUAGAAGCUUUCACACGGUCGAGGAAUAUGAUUCCUUGCUAAAGAGAGCUUAUAUAUCCAGCACAAGCGGUAGAGAAUCCUUUCGAGAAAAUGAGUCAUCACUGAAUGAGAAUGUACAAAUAUCGAAACCUAUGGAUGAAGAUUGUAAUGAUGGCAACAUUCAUAGAAAUGCUGAAGAUUUUCCGAAGAACAAAUUUGACCCUAUUGAAGGACCUUCAGAGCACAAGAGUUCCAGUUCAAAUUCAACGGAAAAAUCAGACAAGAAUUAUGUUCAAGAAGGAGCUGUGUGCGAGACAGGUUGGAAAAGGAAGGCUGUUGGACAGGGGCUCAAAUCACUUGAUAUGUCACCAGUCGAGUUUCCAGCCAUUACAAGGCUUGGGCAAUGGCUUUAUGUAGAGGGGCAAGUAUAUUCUCCCGGAACAUAUGUUACUCCAAAAUUUGGCUGCUAUAAUAAGGUAAAUCCUGUGAGAAGGGAAGAAGAUGGGAAUCGUUCGGUAUUUAGUCCAGAAGUGGUGGCUGCUUUUGAAGAGUGCUUGCAGCAGCUAGAAGCAGAAGAAGAAAGCAUUUUAAGCUAUUUUAAUGGGUAUCUGCAUGCUAAUAAAGAGAUGGAGAACCAUAUACAGGAAGACUGCAACACUGAAUUUUGA